AUGAAUUCCAUAUUACGAAAGUAUUAUUCAGUUCUAACCAAAGCUUCUUCUAAAAAAACCUUAACCAAUACAAAUGAAUUUGUAGAGUUUAUGAAUAUUUUCCCAAGGAAAAAGCAAGUUCAAAGAACAUUGUUUGAAUUGGAUAGUAAUCUAACUUAUAAGCAAUUAUUGCCAGUAUUCCAACAUAUAUAUUUAAAUAAUAAAGAUUUGUCAAUUAUAAAGGAAAGAAAUAUACAGAAUGAAGAUUUGAUGAUAAUGAAAAAAGUUUUGGAGAGGAUACGAUUUAAAAAUAAAUCUGUCAAUAAAAAAAUAAUUAAUUUGGAAGAUAAUCUAUUAAACCUUGCUGCAGAACAUGGUAAUAAUGAUGCCAUUUCUAUAUUAUCGUUUAGAACAAUAAUAAAUCAAGAAAAGGGGAAGAAUACUACGAAUACCAAUGAGGUUAAAAUUGCCAAGGAUUUGAUUAAACAAUUAUUUGAAUUAAGCCACCCCUUGACAUUUAAAUUAACAGCCGAUAUGAUGUAUAAUUCAAAUAAUUUUCAAGAUGCUAGCAAGUAUUAUAAACAGUUUUUAAAACUUGAAGCAGAUAAAUCUUCAAGUAUAGGCGAUGAAAGUGGGAAUUCUAUUUUGGAAGCUGAAGUAUAUACAAAAUUAGGACAAAUAUCAAUGAAACUAUCGGAUUUAAACGAUGCAGAAAGAUAUUUCAUUAAGGCAAUUCAAUUGGCACCAAUCGAAUAUACCUGUAACUCAUAUUAUUAUCUAUCGCAAAUAUAUUUGAAUUCCAAUCCUUUAAAAUCAAGAUCAUUAUUGGAAGCCUGUUCAUCACAAGGAUUUAAAGAAUCCUUUCCACAAUUAGGUUAUUUGGAAUUAAAUUAUUUUAAAAAUAUUAAAAGAGCAAAAUUUUGGUUUGAAUUAGGUAUGAGGAUUUUCCAAGCUGAAUGUUAUUUUGGUUAUUUUAAUUGCUGUAUUAAAUUGAAUGAUUAUGAAAAUGCUUCGAAUUGUUAUAAUUCAUUACAAAUAUUAUAUAAUUCAGUAUCAGAAAAUGAUAAGCAAUUAAUUGAUUUAUUUAUUGAAAACAAAAGAAAUGUUUUAAAAAAUUAUAUUUUGCAACGUUUAAAUUAA